AUGGGUCCCAUUCAGCGGAGGGCAGAGCCCGGCUCCCGGCCAGAGCCUCUAAUGAAGCGCAGCCGGGGCUGCCCCUCCGGGCGCUGGGUCUACACGGCUCCCUCCUGCAAGGAGCUCUUCCCCCUGCCCGCCAGCGUUUUGCGAGCGCUCUCCAACCGCGGCACGUUGGUCCUCGAAGCUGCCAUGAAGGCCGCCCUGCUCUCCCUGGAGAAGGCCCUGUCGGAGCACGGCCGGCGCCUGCAGGAGUGCGAGCGGUGCGGAUUCUGCCUCUCGGGGGACUGCGGGAAUCGGAGCAGGCCUUGUACCCAGCCGGGAAACGAUGCGGAGGAUUCGAACUCAGUGGCCGAUCAGCCCGUUCCAGAAUCCUGUGGGCACCGUGCGGUCCCUGCCCCCAACAUGACUCUGGCGAAGGGGAAGAUUGUGGGGGGCAGCCGUGCAAAGCCGGGGGCCUGGCCGUGGCUGGUGUCGGUGCUGCUGAAUGGGGAGCUGAUGUGCAGCGGGGUGUUGGUGGACACUGCGUGGAUUGUCACAGCUGCCCAUUGCUUCACCGGAAGCCGAAAUGAGCUUGCCUGGUCCGUGGUUCUGGGUGACUAUGAUCUAAGCAAGCGGGAUGAAAGCGAACAGGUGGUUCCCGUCAGCCGCAUCCUGCCGCACCCCAAGUUCGACCCAAAGACCUUCCACGCGGAUGUGGCUUUGCUGGAACUGAGCGCUCCCGUUCGCCCCUCGGCUUGGGUGUCCCCCGUGUGCCUCCCGGAACGGGCCGCGGAGAUGAGCCAGGAAGUCCUCUGCUACAUCGUCGGCUGGGGCUCGCUCUAUGAAGACGGGCCGCCUGCUGAGGUCGUCAUGGAAGCUCGGGUGCCGAUCCUGGCGCAAGACCUGUGCCGCGGGGCUCUAGGGAGCCAGCUGGUGAGCAGUGCCAUGUUCUGUGCUGGGUACCUCUCUGGCGGCAUCGACUCUUGUCAGGUGAGGGUCCGAGAGGGAGCGGAGCCUGAAGUUAAGGGAUGUGAUGGUCACUCCUUGCCUGGGGGCGUGUUGUGCCUCGUCCUCCCUCCUCUCCUCAGCCGGGCCCCUCCCGUCUACACCUGGGCCUGUUAUCAGACUCCAAGUCUGAUAAUGAAGAUGAACGGCCUGUCAUGCCUCCAGCCCCCGGCCCUGGCCCCAUGCCCGGAGAGGAGGUCAGGAGUGAACAGACAAGCCCGAGAAACGUCACUUCUACAGCGUGUGAGCAGGAAGCCAGCCACGUGCUGGAAUUACGGACAGCAGAUCCAGCUGAAGAGAAUUCAAAGUGGGAGGAUCCUCACUUCUGGAGAUCUGAGAGGCGACGCCAGCAGAAGGAAGGGAGGGGCAGGCCUGGAUAAAUGCUGAGUCAUGGAGCCACACCCCAACAGCCUAUAUAAAAGACCUGCUUGCGGCAUUCCAACCUUGAGUCAAGCAAAGUCUCAUCUAGUUUGCUGAUAUCGGACUCUAUCGCUGAAGUCACAACUUGGACUCCUGCCCGCCCUGAUAAACCUCGAAGGAAUUUGACAAGCUGCAGAGGCUUCGUUGCCACGCUUGAUACGGACUUCCUAGACCCGGUCGUCGGAGGGGGAGUGGGACACGACAGGGCGGGGGACUAGCGGAGGCAGUGGCAAAGGUUAUGGGCUGGGACCGUGAUGGCGAACUAAGUCACGCGUACCAGAGGUGGCACGCAGAACCCUCUCUAAUGGCACGCGAGCCGUCGCCCCAGUUCAGCUCUGCUGCGCCUGUGCGUGCACCUCCCGCUGCCCAACUGGUCUUCGGGUUUCUGCCAUGCAUGCACAGGGGGCAGGGC